AUGUCUCCUCUGGAAGACAUGAGUGAUUUCCUCGUUCCGAAGCUAUCUCUUGUAUCGGUCCCUCGGGAAAAGCUCCGAGUAAAUGGCCCAUUCGAGCUCUUGCUGAGGCCGCUACUUCAAAAGCUCAAUGUGCCGACAGUGGCAGAAGAUAGAGUUAUCGUCCCCUGCUUCACCAAGCAAUUGUCGUCCAUUGAACGGAGUUUUCCGGAAGCUGUCCCUGUCGCAUCAAUUGUUGAUGGUGCGGACGCACAAGUGUCAAUGCGAUCGGUAGUCCUACGUCCUCACCUUGGAGUGACCUACACGUUGAAGAUGUCCCUUGCGUACCGAAUCACAUCUGCAGUGCGGACGAUCGCUUCCUGGGUCAUCCCUGAGGUCAUAUUCAUGAGUCAACUUCUGGAGGAACUGUUACCGCCCGAGUUAUGGAUAUAUCGGGAAGUUGCAGGAGUGACUGGCGCCGGGGAAGAUUUGGAGGACGCGAGGCAGAUAUCCUGCAUUAUUCGCGAGGAUCUAGUGCCGAGAGCCCAGGCUAAUGGCCUUGCAUUGAUCGUUGCGGCCUCACUAUAUCAGGCCCCUGGUGGGACUAGCAAAACAUAUGCUGAGAUUCUAUUUGGCCUUAAUACUUGGGAAGAGAAGAUUGCAUGGUUUCGAAGCUAUAUCGCCUCCCUCUGUGAUGCAGUUCUGCCACCCCUUGUGAUGUAUGGGAUUGCGCUAGAAGCGCACCCCCAGAAUAUCGUCCUUCGCGUCUGUCGUCAAAGCUCCGAACUCAGAGGUUUUGCUGUCCGGGAUUGGGGAGGCGUCCGACUCCACAAGUCGACGUUGCAAAACCUUGGUGUACAGUUGCCUAUGGUUGAUACGGAAAGCCCUGUUAUUACUGAUGAUCUCGACCAUAUCUGGAGCAGGUUUCAUCAUGCUUUUCUACAGAAUCAUGUCGCGUCUGUUCUCGUUGCGCUUGGCUUGGAGACCGAAGGAGGAUGGGCGAUAGUCCGUGGCGAAUUGUCAAGGGUUUUGAGUGACAGUAGAUAUGCAGUGAGCCCAAGUCUUCUGAAGUACCUUCUUGCAGAUGAUAUGCAGAUGCGAUGUUUCUUCACCGCUCGACUGGAAGGGAGGCCUUCUGAGCCCGGCGAAACUCUCGAUAUCCGACGUUUCAUAAGAAAAGUGUCCCAAGAACAAACCACAGAUAAACUAUACGGGUUCUACGUCUAUAUUUAG